GAUCUGUCAGUGCCAACUAUCGCGUCGUUCCCGGCAUACACAGUGUGCCUCUCUUAGAUCUUAUCUAUCGCCGCACGUUAUGCACAGCGCGCGUAAAAGGGUAGAGUGGCCGCGAAAAGAGCGCGAUUAAUUCGGCUUAAGGUCGCGCGCUUCGUUCGCAGGGAUCGAAGCCGCUCUGAUCUCGGUGAAUUCAACUCUCGUCGCUGUCGACAUCAAACAAAUUGAUCAACCGUGACAAUAGUGCUCGCUCUGCUACAUGACGACCCGCGCAAAAGAAUCCGAUUGACAAUUAAAGUCGCGAGACAGUCGCGAGUGCGUCUGCUUUGUCGAGGAGUAAGAAAUCAUCGAUAUUCUGGAAAAAUUCCCGCUAAGUGAUAACAUCGGGAGACGACCGAUAACGAAUGAAGUAAUCGACCGCGCGAUGACGGUUCCAGACGUGAGACGUUGAUCUUUGGUACUAAAAAUAAUCGCGGGCUUAAUGCCGCAUCAAAGAAUGACUCCAGUUAUAAAAUUUAGCGUCGCGAAGCUGCUUUUUCGUUUGCAGCUGUUUAUCGGUGAUUUAUGUGACUCAUUCCAAACGAUGCUACCUCACGUGAACGCGAACGAUACAAUUCACAAUUUUUGCUUCAAUCAUUUGAUCGCUUCUUUUCUUUCUCGCUGAUCACGCUGAUCCAAGCGAGAUGCUCGUUUGAUCUCGUCGCGGCGAAGAAAAACGAAGAUACGUAUGAUGUGCAGCUCUUCCGGGCAAAGUGCAGCCUCCUCGUAACAUUUUCACGUGGACGAUCGGGUGAAAAUCGAAUGCGAGUGCUCUCGCAUGCGCGUUCGUCAAAAUGCGGUACGACAUCACGAUCGUCUGGACUGUGCCGACAAGAAAGAGCAUCAUCACCCUUCGGUGCAGCUGACCAUCGUUGAGCAAUGUAAAGAGCCUCUGCUUCCGGAGAAGCAAAACUCCAUCAGGAUGACACCGACGGAUAGCCGUUCGCGAACUACCUCCGAGUCGAAUACCACCACCAACGGACAAGCCGGUCAAGCGAACUCCACCGGCAGCGGGCACGCUGACGAGUGCCUGGAGGUAACCAUCUUCGACGAAGCCGCCGACGGCGGCCGGCUGCCGGACGUCGUCGCCGAGAGCAAGAUCUACGGCGUGACCGAGGACGAGCCGCUCGAGUCGUACUUGGCGAUUACGAUCCAAGUCUUCAUACCAUUCCUUAUCGCCGGUUUGGGCAUGGUGGGCGCUGGAUUGGUCCUCGACCUGGUUCAACACUGGGUAGUCUUCGAGAAAGUUAACGAGCUCAUGAUCCUGGUGCCGGCGCUUCUAGGACUGAAAGGCAAUUUGGAAAUGACCCUCGCGUCCCGUCUUUCUACUCAAGCGAACCUCGGUCACAUGGACAUGCCGAGGGAGCAAUGGCACAUGAUCGUCGGGAAUCUCGUGUUAAUACAGUGUCAAGCGAUAGUGGUGGGCUUCCUGGGUUCCGUGGUAGCGAUCGUGAUGGGCGCCCUUCGCAACGGCACAGUCUACCUGGAUCACGCAUAUCUGCUGUGCGCUAGCAGCCUGGUCACCGCGUCUCUCGCCUCCUUCGUCCUGGGCCUUAUCACCGCGGGCGUCAUCGUCUUUUCCCGUCAUUGCCAUAUCAACCCGGACAACGUGGCUACGCCGAUAGCCGCUAGUCUCGGCGACAUCACCUCGUUGGCCCUCCUCUCAUGGAUCUCCACCAUACUCUACGAGUCGAUAGACAAACAAGACUGGGUGGCACCUCUCGUCAUAGCCUGUUACGUUCUCGUCAUACCUCUCUGGGUGUGGAUCGCCAAGAGGAACAAGUAUACCAACGACGUGCUCUACUUUGGCUGGACACCGGUCAUGGUCGCCAUGUUGAUCAGCAGCUGCGGUGGUCUCAUACUGGAGUUCAUGGUGUCACGCUUCGAGAACCUGACAGUGUUCCAACCGGUCAUCAAUGGUGUUGGCGGGAAUCUCGUGGCUGUCCAGGCUAGCAGAAUAUCCACGGCGCUUCACAAGCAAGCGGAGCUCGGCACACUUCUAAUCCCACCGGGUCACACCCAUCCUGUCAUCUUCAUCACACCUAUCGCCAACUUCUUCGGGAAAGGUAUGCACGCCAGAACCACGAGAGUCCUAAUGGCGAUGGUGAUACCCGGUCACAUCAUCUUUAUUUACCUGAUUAAUUAUAUGAAGGACGGAGACACGUCGAUGACGCCGCUCUUCGUCUUUGUUUACUUGUGCGCGGCGAUGCUCCAGGUUGCGGCGCUCCUCUACAUCGCCUACAUAAUGAUCCACUGGAUGUGGAAGCGGAAGAUCGAUCCUGACAACUCGGCGAUCCCGUACCUGACUGCGAUGGGUGACUUACUCGGGAUCAGCUUGCUCGCGAUUGCCUUCCAAUUUCUGUACCUGGUCGGAGAUCAAGAUUUCGAUGCGCCUAUCACACCCUGACCGUAGUAGUCACAAACUAUAGCGUUUUUUCGGGCGGGCGAGCCGCGCAAAAGUUGAAAUUGUCAGACCGAAUGGGCAUUCCUACGAGGCUGUGGUCGUCUGAAAGUAUACUCCUGCGAAUCAGUCUUUGAUCUGCCAGUCCGCCGGCGAGUUCAAUGGACGGUUGGUCGCAAAAGUGACUGCCGUUUCACUGUCGCAAGAACCGGCUGUAUUAUUUUCCUAAGAAGCCUGCGAAAGAGCCGUUAUUCAUGCGGGUGUCACGACACUCGACGAUUGGUGAAAUCCUCGACGAGCGUAAACGGAGCCUUCAGAGAUCCAGCACGACGAUAGACGAAAGCGAUGGAUCGUUAAUGCCUUGUCAGUGUCGAGUGGGCGUACUCAGGUUUUAAUUAGCUACUAAUAUAUCAGAAGAUAAUACGAGGUCGAUGUGCGUUUCGGUAGCACAUGGCGAGUAAAUUUACCUAGGGAUUGCAGGUGUCUCGAUAGAUAAGGAGAUUCUUUUUCCAGGAAAUUCACUUUAUCAUCGAACUUCGAAAGCCUAAAGAGAGUACGAGAUUAAUUAAUUUCUUUCUCAAGGCUGAUGAAUGAAGAUAACAAUAUUAAAUUUUUCGAAUUACUUUGCACUUUGAAAUAACAGCGCAAUGUUGCAAAUGUUUCAGCGAUAUAUACUUGGGGAAAUAUCUUCCAAGCGCAACUCAAAGCCUAACUAAGAUUAGUUUCGCAUAGAGCUGAAUGAUUUUCAAGACCGACACACUAAAUUUUCACGAAAGAACGCGCAAAAUUUUUCGCUGCAACGCGAAUAAAAAUCGAAAUGGAGAUUCUUCUCCAUUUUUCGAGAGUUGUCAGUGAAGAGCGAUGCAGCCAUUUUUAUACUACUGCGUGAACUAUUAGGCUAUAUAUAUAUAUAUAUAUAUAUAUAUUCAUUAGGCUCAACAAGGUUUUCAAUUUUUCCACGGAACACGCGUGAAAAUGAUAGGGAGAUGAAGAAGAAGAAGAAGAGUACGUGUAGUUGUAAUACCAACGCGUAUGUGUCUUCGAAUAGUUGCCUUCGUAUACGACGAAAUUUAGAUAGAUGUUAGAAGCUGCCACGCGACCUAUUUUUCGAAGUUUUAGAUGCUCUCGGAUUCGUUUAAUCUUCAAACGCAGAUCCGCCGAUAUAAACUUCUGCUGCAACUCGUGUGCGACAUGUUCAAUCGGAAUUUAGUCUUCCUGUCGUACGGAGAUAACUAGUCACAAAUUUCAUUUUCGAUUUUCCGAAUUAUUUGUCGGAAGGGUAUUCGCGGAAAGUGUUUCGGCUUUAUGGAACAAUCGUCCGAAGAAUCAGUCACCAAACAUAUUAUCGGUCAAAUAAAAAAAAAGAUAAAACGAGCCGAUUGUGUCAUAAGUUAUAGUAAAUUCGAGAGCUAACAAGACGCAAAAUUUCGUGUGACAGAGUGAUCGAUAACUUCGCUACUAAGUUUACUAGCACUAUAAUUUAGUCCAGAAUUACACGAGUACAUUUUCCAAAGUGUCACGCGUGGAUUAGAUAUUGUAUUUUGCAGACGUAUCGUGAUGUUUUACUGGAAGUAUCGUAAUUAGACGAAAGAAGUACACAUGCGAGAUAAUCGAAGCGUAUAGUAUCUAAAAGAGACGAGCGCGCAGUUAUAGAAAAGUAAUUAAUUCAAAUUUUGCUGGAUUCAAAUCACACCUAGGAAUAUCGUUAGCCAAAUAGCAAAUUGCGAUUAUAAAGGACGGGCAAGGAUGAACCUUGGCGAAAUUGUGCACGAUCCGCUUCGUGUCGCUUCGAGGAGGCAGCGAUCGGUAGUAUUUAAGCUGAAACGUGCAUUUAACUAGUGUCUCGUUGCGAUCAGUCGACAUUAUGCAAAUAAUUUGAUUCACCCUGACAUAAUUGCGAGCGUGGCGUAUGUAAAACACACGUUCCUGUGUUCAAAGAAAAAGAGGGAGGAGAAGAGAGAGAGAGAGAGAGAGAGAGAGAGAGAGAGAGAGAGAGAGA